AUGAUAAUCGGAGGAUCGCAGUACUGCAGCGAUACCAUCUCCGCCACCAAAGCUUAUGAGCGCAAGGCUGAGACAAGCGCAAAUUCGCUAACCUGGUCCGCGCCUGGUGACUUCCCGAAAGGAGCGAUAACUUUCGAUGAAGAAGAGGCCGGCGGGAUCGAUCAGCCCCACUGCGAUCCACUCGUGAUCGACCUCGUGAUAAGAGACCUCGAGGUCGCGAGAGUUCUCAUCGACACGGAUCGCACGGUCAAUAUCAUCUUCCGCGAUACCCUUAAAAGGAUGAACGUUGAGCUAGGAGAAGUCGUACCGUCUCCCAAGCCGCUAACCGGUUUCGAGGGCACGACAUCUAUGACUCUUGGAUCGAUCAAACUACCCAUUACGGCGAAAGAAGUCACAAAAAUCGUCGAUUUCAUAGUGGUUGACCGCCCAACCAUCUACAACGUCAUCAUGGGCACACCUUGGCUGAACGCCAUGAAAGCAGUCACGUCGACUUAUCACUUAGGCAUCAAAUUCCUGAAUCAUAACAGAAUUGCCGCAAUCUGGGGAUCCCAGCCACAGUCGAGAUGCUGCUUCCUGGCCGAACACAAACUACGGCAAAUCACGACCAUCUCGAUGGUGAAACCCAAACGGGCAAAGCUAACUCUAACGUCCACUGAAAAAGCUUCGAAAAAAGAUGAUCCAGAAUUGUCAACUCAAGAAACGGCCAAAGAACAACCAGUUUCAAAGCCCAACGCUUCUACCCAACCGGAGGAAACAAACCCGGUAAAAGAAGUCGAUCCUGCAACUAACACGAUCGACGCAAUAGCCGAGUAA